CCGGGGCCGCGCUCGCCGCCGCCGCCGCGUCCGAAGCUGAGCCCAGGCCGGCCCGUGGCCAGCGCGCAGGGCGCCGGCAGCACCCAGCCAGCCGCGCCGCGCCCUCCCCGCCCCCAACUCGCUCCCCAACGGAAAGUUCGGCUCCGGUUGCGUUUUGAAAAGAAACCGGGAAUGGGAAGGGGUCGGGGGGUGUGCUGAGGGCGCCGGGCGGCGGCGGCGACGAGGAGGGGCAACUUCUCCCGGCCAAGCGCCUCCUGCCGAGCCCCGCGAGCCGCAGCCCCCGAGUGGGUUCGAGGUGGUUUUUCCCUUUCCUCUGCCUCCCCCUGCGGAUUCAAGACACGGACCUUGGUCCUGGCGCUCCUGCUGCUGGGUGACAAGAGCCAGCGCCGCCGUCGCCUCGGCCGCCGCUCCCUCCGGCCGCCCCCCGGCUGCAGCCGCUGCCUGCCGCCUCCGCCAGCACCAUGGAGUUCUCCGAGCGGAGAAGAAGCAGGAAAUCCCAAAGCUUCAAACUGGUGAGCCGAGGAGAUGAAAGCAUGGAAAUCAAAAAACAAAUUACAGGAAUGAGAAGAUUACUGAAUGACAGCACUGGAAGGAUAUAUCAGCGUGUUGGCAAGGAAGGAGAAAAAUUAAAAGAAGAACCCCAGGAUUUGGAUUCAGUCUGGCCUCAGCAUUUGAACUCCUCUGCUGAGGCCUCACAGAGCCUCCACCCUUCUUCAUGUGGUGCAUGGAACGAGCUUCCACCCCAAAGCGGACAGUUCUCAGGGCAGUAUGGCACCCGCUCUAGAACCUUCCAGAGUCAGCCCCACACUGCUGGGAGUGCUAACGGAGAAAUUCCAGUUGUGAAUUCGUCAGUUGGAUCCAACUGCUGUACUUGUAACUGCCAGUCAACAUUGCAGGCCAUUCUCCAAGAACUAAAGACCAUGCGGAAACUAAUGCAAAUUCAAGCAGUUGGGACCCAAAACAGACAACAACCCCCAAUUUCCCUUAUAUGCUCCCAGCGAACUGCUGUCUCACGCAAGAGAAAUAAAAAGAAAAAAGUGCCCUCAAAGACUGCUGAACCUCUGACUGUGAAGCAGAAGCCUGGCAUGUUAGAAACAAAGAUGACAGCAGUGGCCUCUGAGCCGUCUAGUCUCCAUACGGCUGAGCACACCUCCACUGUGGAAAACCGCGUCCUAGGAUUUGGAAUUGUUCUUGAAUCACCUUCCUCAGAUCCAGAAGUGCAACUUGCUGAAGGCUUUGAUGUCUUUAUGCCUAAAUCUCAGCUGGACUCUAUAUUAUCAAACUACACUCGCUCAGGAAGCCUUCUGUUUAGAAAGCUGGUGUGUGCAUUUUUUGAUGACAAGACUUUGGCUAACUCCUUACCCAAUGGGAAGAGGAAAAGAGGACUCAAUGACAACCGGAAAGGACUAGACCAAAAUAUUGUGGGUGCAAUAAAAGUCUUCACGGAAAAAUACUGUACUGCUAAUCAUGUGGAUAAACUUCCGGGCCCAAGAGACUGGGUACAGAUACUGCAGGAUCAAAUUAAACUGGCCAGAAGAAGGUUAAAAAGAGGCUCAGCAGAGGCAGCUGAUGGCGAUGAAAGACUGGACAGCGUUUCCCUGCCACCAACAGGUAAAAAAGCCUGAGGCCCAGAAACACUAAAUGACUUUCUCAAGGCCUCACAGCUGGUUGGUGGCCUGGCCGGAGCCCAGGCCUCUCUACUUCAGCCAAUACACCGCAUCGCUUUCUUAUACCUAAGCCAAAGCCAGCUUUUUUCUGCAUGUUUCUCAAAGAUCCUAAGAGUUGAUGGAUGCACUAAUCCCUUUAGGAUUCCAUGUCAAUGUCUGUUUUCACAAUUAGAAUGUCUGUUGUAAAACUACCUGAAGUCCACUGCAAGCUGAAACUCCUUUCUUAGACUUCUUUCUCAAAUAAAUCUUGCCAAAGUCUGUGAGGUCGGUCAUGAAGACAGUAGUAGAACACACCUACAGGUUUUUUCACUAGAAUAUUGAUAGAGGUUUGAUAGAAAUUACUAAACAGUGUGAUAAACGAUACCAUUUACCAAUUAGAAAAGGGGAAAAGAAAUCUCAGAUUGGUGCUGAAACUUUGUGGUUUUGAAAUUAAAUGGUCUUGAUUAGAGUAGCGUGUCUUGAUUGCCUCUGAAGUAAAACCACUGGUUUGGGCAGUCUCUUUAAACACAACACUACUACUGAUUCCUCCCUCCUUAUGACCAACGUACGCCCUGUCCAAUGGGACAAUCCUCGAGGUGAAUUCCACCUUUGCUGCACAUGUAGCUUCAUCCUUGGAUUUGAGACUCACUGGCCCUUAUUUUGGUUAUCUGAGCUGGUCCUUUGUAAAGAUUUAACAAUGCCUUUAUUACCUUUUUAGGUCUUUUUCCUCCUUCCAAAUUCAUGUGUGUUGGGAAGGGGUGGAAGAGGAGCAUAAAAUCCUAAAUUUCUGUGAGCCAGAAUUGACCAGGUCAGGGUUACAGUCGGGCAGUCCAGGGACAUUUGUUUCAAUCCAUUACCUUUAACCAACCUUCAGUUUGUCUGGGUUUAAGAAGAAUGGACACAGAUUUUAUAGUAGAAAACAUAUUUUCUUAAUUUCUUUCCCUCAACCCUGUCAGUAAGGGUUUUUGAGCCUCUCCCAGGAAGCAGCACCACGUGAGGUUCUGGUGAACGAACACCCAACUCAGAGCACCCCCAGAGCUGGGUGAGAGCCAGAGGCUGUGGGGCAGGCACGGAGAGCACGCCCCUGACCAGGAGAAGCCCCCAGGGCUUGAGAACAGUUUGUGUUGGUAAAAAGGAAAAUAAUAGAGAAAGUAAAAUGGAAACACUGCUGCUUUCUAGUUCUAAAAUCUACAACGGAGGCUUCUGAAUUUGAGAUAAGUAGUGCAGACCAUCUGAGCUGAGCGAUUUUCAUCAUGAAUUGGCGUUCUUUUACAAACAUACAUACAUACACAUACAUACAUUUAUUUAUUUAUUUAAGUAUGAGGAAGAAAAUGUAAAUUAGCCACUCAGAGACAAUCUUUUUUGGGUGUUUUUCUUCAGACUAUUCUCUUUAUUUCUUCUAUUUAUUUACACAAUAGAGAUGAAAUACAUAAAAUUUUGUUUCCUGAGGUUUUUCUUAACCUAGCAAGCAUUUUCCAUUUAUUACAAAUCUUCAUAUGCAUUACUUUAAUAUCCGCAUGGUGUUCUAUUUUACAGGUAAAUCAUAUUUUACUUAACCACUUUCUGUUACUGAGCAAUAUAUGAACAUACUCCAAUAGUAACACAUAGUGCUGGGCUUUCCUAUAAAAAUGACAGAUUUCUAAUGGCUGAAUUGCUUAUUCAGCACAACUAAAGCCUUGGCUGAAAAAUUAAUGAUUUAGAUAUGAAGUAGACACCUCACCAACAAGGUUUUUCAUUUAUUCAGAAUAUGUGAUAGACUAUAUACCAUAUAAUAUAUACCACAGAUGCCUCUAGCCAUGUCAUAGAAAAGUAUACAACUCCUGUUUGGAGUGGUCCCUCUUCAUUUUCUUGUCUUUCUUGUAGGUAAUAUAUUUGACACCAGGAGAGAAAACACAGAAGACACAGAGCCAGAUUUCACUGCUUAGACUUUUAUUCAGUGACAUUGCUCGUUAGCAUAUGUAACUCUUCCGUUUGAAUUUCCUCAAAGAUGCACGUAGCAUUUCAGGUUACUGCAAAGUGUGGGUGUUCUGUGAGUUUACCUGUCAUAUUCGCAUAUUUUUCAUAUACUUUCUUUAUAAUAUGUGAUAGUCAAGCCUCCAAAUUGGUAAAGAUUUUUAAAAAUCAUAUUUAGAUUUAUUACCCUUUAAAAGUGCAGCAUAUGAUCCAGUUAGUUCAUUGUUCAUUAAAAAGUUGUUCUCUCUUCCCUGUUUUUUUCAUAAGUUCAGUGUGAAUAUGUAGAGUUUUGAAGCAUAUUUAUUUUAAUGUCUUUUGCUUAGAUGUGGUAAAAAGGAGAAUGGCUCUUUCAGGGCUGAGGAAGCAGUUAUGAAGCCCAAGAUUAAUUAGACUUUCAUCAGAUCAGAAGAUGAAAAAGUUGUUUGAGGCGAUACGAUAGGUCUGAUCUAUUAGAUGCAAUUAUAUGUGACACCAGUUCCCUGAAAAUUAACCAUUUGUAACUGAAUAAGUGCAAAUGAUAUAUGAAUUCUUAGGGGAAAAAAACACAGUGUCAACACAGUGACAAAAUAACUAAUUAAAAGGUGAGAAAUUCAAACUAACCAGUUAUCUACAUGAUACCUUACAACUAUUUUAACAGAUGUUUUUAACUGACUGGUCCAGUGUUUUGGCAUUGUGUCGCACCCCAGGCACAACUGUACUUAAUUAAUAUUGUAUAUUUUAUUGGUACCUAGUACACUUACCUUCCACUUCAUGUAAGACCAACAUAAAAAAAUACGCAUUUAUUUUAAAGAGCUAUCUUGCCAUGUGGGUAUUUGUUUUACAGAAAUAUUUACCUGUGGACUCCUUUCUCUAAUAAGAUGAUGAAUUUAAAAUAUAAUUUUAUUUAGAAACAUUGCAUUUAUACCUCAUUUAUUGUAUAGAGCAAAUUGGCACUUGACCCAAAGGCCAAAAAGUGGCUUGAAAGAAAUUUGAACUGUGGAAACACCAAAUCCCAGGGGGAAACUGCUGUGGUGACUGUUACACUCCAUUCCCAGCACUUGUUUUUUUAAGUCAGAGUGUUAGAGCACAAAGUUAGUGUAGAGGUGCCCUGUCCAAGGUACUUGGGCCAUAUCACACUGAGAAGCUAAGCCUGAGCUUGAGAGGGCUCCGGGAUGGACCAGUAUUCCACUGAAGACCAGCUGAUCAACUGAAGGUGGUAAGAGGCAUCCCUGAAAUGUGAUGACUCUGGUUCUGAGUGUGGCUCAUGGAAUCAAUCUAACUGCUAGACAGCUACAUCUCAUACAUGUGUGUCUUCUUAUUGAAGCUUAUUUAUUUGUCUUCUUUUUGAAGCUGCAAGGAAGGUUCAGAGAAAUUGUUUCAUCACUUCCUUUAGUUAUUAGCCAUUUACACUUUGGCCAGUUAGUCAUCCCCUCCCUGAAACGAGUUCUCUUCAUUAAGUGAUCUGAUGAAGUUUUAUGAACCAGGGCUUUUGUUUUUCUGCAACAUAUGUUUUAAAGUUUGCCUUCUGCCCCUAGGAAGGAAAUAUUUCUCAAGGAAAUUGCCAAGAUGCGUUAGUGACCUUUCAACUCUAUUACAGUAGGAUGAAUAUGUUGCUAAUAAGGGUAGAAACAUUUACCUUACAAUGGUGGGACCUGUUAGCAAUGCUGUUAACAAUGUACCAGGAACCUUCAAAAGCACUUCCUUCCAAGACUGGGCAACAGCUUGGAUCUUUCAGUACUUGAGGGGAUGGGGGGAUUGUUUGACUCACAGAUAUGUGCGAUAUGUACAAUGGAUCCACAAAUUGGAAAUGCAUAUCAAAAAACUGCAACAGUAAAAUCAUAUUUUGUAAGUUAAAAUUGUAUUUGUGUUUACUUACUGUGACUACUGUUCAGACUUUAUUCAGAAAUCCUUUUUAUAGGCUUUCUUAGCAAAAAAAUUAUUCCCUAUGGAUAAUGUCACAAUCUUCUGUAUAUAUGUUUUAUUAAUAUGUAAAUAUUUAGAUUUUUAAAAAUUAUUAUGGUCUUAAAAAAAUAUUUCAACUCAAGACUAGUUGUUAAAAUGGUGUAUAACAUUGUGUUGUGAUAUCAAUUCCCAAGAUGCUCUUUAUGUCUAUUCCGGAGGAAUACAAUAAAUUACUUUAAUUGAACAUGCCUGUUUUGUGCCUGUGUGCCAGUCCUCCUGUGUUUAUGAAGAGGAGUCAAUGCUAGUCAUUAAUUAAAAGGUAUUUAUUGAUAAUACUCUGAUGAUCUUACACAGAAAGUUGUAUCUUCUUAUGAA